GUCCUCAUGUUUUACUGUAGGUGAGCGGGAUUAGACCAGUAGGAGUCACCGCUACACUCGCUUUCUCGCUCUACUGAACCUCUCAGUGAUUGAGCAGGGAAACAAAAUGCCGGAAGUGGGGUUUCGGGAUACGGUGUUUCGGGACUCGUAACCGUGGAAAGUUUACAUUAUUAAGAAAUCGACUUUUCCUGAGGAUUAAAGGUUUCCCGGUUGCUGCUGUUCGUCAGGUUUUGUUUCAGUGUUUUUCAUUCAUCCGCACUUUUACAAUGGGGCUCCCGGCGCUGGAAUUUAGUGAUUCUUUUCUGGACAGUCCUGACUUCAGAGAGCGACUCAAAUGCCACGAAAUUGAGCUGGAUCGUACUAAUAAAUUCAUCAAGGAGCUAAUCAAAGAUGGAAAUAUGCUUAUCAGCGCGCUUAAAAAUCUUUCUGCAGCUGUGCAGAAAUUUUCCCAGUCCCUUCAGGAUUUCCAGUUUGAAUGCAUCGGAGAUGCAGAGACAGAUGAUGAGAUUAACAUUGCCCAGUCAUUCAAGGAAUUCUCCCAGCUACUGAACACAGUGGAGGAGGAAAGACGACGACUUAUACAGAACGCUGAUGACGUCUUGAUCACUCCACUGGAGAAGUUUCGCAAAGAGCAGAUUGGAGCAGCCAAAGAAGGGAAGAAGAAAUUUGACAAGGAGACUGAGAAAUAUUACACGGUUUUGGAGAAGCACUUAAGCCUGUCUUCCAGAAAGAAAGAGUCCCUUUUGCAAGAGGCAGACACCCAGAUAAAUAAGGAAAGACAGGUCUUCUAUGAUGCCUCCCUGGAAUAUGUUUUCAAAAUCCAAGAAGUGCAAGAGAGGAAAAAAUUUGAGUUUGUUGAGCCGCUGCUAGCUUUCCUCCAGGGACUGUUCACUUUCUAUCAUGAGGGUUACGAACUGGCACACGAGUUUGAGCCGUACAAGCAACAGCUACAGUUCAACCUCCAAAAUACAAGGAAUAAUUUUGAGAGCACAAGACAGGAAGUGGAGAAUUUGAUGAGAAGGAUAAGAUCUGCAGAGCAGGACUUUAAAGCUCCAGGACAGUGGACCAUGGAGGGCUUUCUCUAUGUGCAAGAGAAACGACCCUUGGGGUGCACAUGGAGUCGCCAUUACUGCACAUAUGAGAAAGGGACCAAAAUGUUUACGAUGAGCAACUCUGAAUUCAAAUCUGGAGGCAAACAGAAUGGACUGAUCAUGAGUCCCCCUGAGAUGUUUAAGCUGAAGUCCUGCAUCAGACGGAGGACUGACUCUAUUGACAAGCGAUUCUGCUUCGACAUUGAGGUGGUGGAAAGGCAUGGCAUCAUCACUCUUCAGGCUCUCUCUGAAUCCAACAGAAGGCUGUGGAUGGAGGCCAUGGACGGAAAAGAGCCGAUUUACACCCUUCCAGCACUUCUGAGCAAGAAAGAGGAAACAUUCCUAAAUGAAGCAGGCUUUAAUUUUGUAAGGAAGUGUAUAGAGCUUGUGGAAACAAGAGGCAUUAACACAAUGGGACUGUACAGAAUAGGUGGAGUUAACUCUAAAGUCCAGCGACUGAUGACCUCAGUAUUUGCAGCCAAAGCUCCUGCAGAUAUGGACCUUGACCCAGACACCUGGGAUAACAAGACCAUCACUAGUGGCCUGAAGAAUUACCUCAGGUGUCUGGCAGAACCUCUCAUGACCUACAGACUUCACAAAGACUUCAUCAUGGCAGUCAAGUCUGAUGAUCAGAACUACAGGGUCUGUGCUGUUCACGCCCUCGUCCACAAGCUCCCCGACAAGAAUAAAGAGAUGCUGGAUAUUCUGAUAAAACAUCUUCAUGUGGUUUCCACACAUAGUCAGAAGAAUCUGAUGACCGUGUCUAACCUGGGUGUGAUUUUUGGCCCAACGCUCAUGCGUUCUCAGGAAGAGACAGUUGCUGCAAUGAUGAACAUCAAAUUUCAAAAUAUUGUUGUAGAGAUCCUGAUAGAAAACUAUGAUAAGAUAUUCCAUCAAGCUCCCGACCCUAACGUCCCCCUGCCACAGCCUCAGCCUCACUCUCACUCUCAGUCUCGUGCCAGUGCCCGUCGCAGCAAAGCCAUCUGCCUGUCUUCAGGGUCCCGUAAAUCCAGAGGCCUGUACCCUCCCACCCUGUGCCUGGCUGAUGCUGACAGUGACACGUUCAGCAGCAGUCCAAGUAGCACUCCUAUGGGCAGUAUGGAGUCUCUCUCAUCGCACUCUUCAGAGCAGAACAGCUGCUCUAAGACGGGCUCCCCUUCUCGUUCCAAACACAAGGCAUCAGGGAGUCUGUGCUGGACCACUUCAUCUCCCUCCUCCAAUGGGCCUAAAAGCCCUGCUUGCACCACCAGCCCAGAUUCCAGCUCCAAAGAGGAUGCCAACAAGACUGACGGAGAAUGGGAAGAAGCACUGAGUACAAGCCCAGGAGAUCGAAGCUCUCCGGCUUCAGAGAUUCUCCAGAGGACCCUAGGAGAGACACUGGAGAAUCAUGGGGAAGAACAACGCAGUCUGUCCACCUGUUCUUCUCUCACUUCACUUCACAUUUCUGAGGGUUUCAGAAGUUGUCACGGCUCCAUCCAGAGCCUGGUGUCACGCAGUCAAAGAGACAGUCUCAAAUCCCUCCAUCUGCCUGAUCUUCCUCCUAAAGAGAGUGUGAGAUACAGAGCUGAAUCCUCAGCCAGCAAUGGUUACCAGAGACCGGGAUCUGUUGUGGCCUGCCGGGCAGCAAUCUUUGAGAGUCCUAUGAUUUCCCAGCCAACAAUAGGAAGAGAGGCUAAAGCCUUGUAUUCCUGUCAAGCGGAGCACAGUCAUGAGCUCAGCUUUCCUCAAGGGGCGCUCUUCUCCAAUGUGUAUGCUUCAGUGGAACCUGGCUGGCUCCAAGCUACAUAUGACGGCAAAACUGGACUUAUCCCAGAGAAUUAUGUGGCGUUCUUCUGAUGGGGCCAAAAAAAGGCAAAAGUCCAUGGUAUCCAUGGUGUUCAUUUCUGCAAAAAAGGGACCAUUUAAAUGUACAUUGCUGCUUUACUGUAUGUAAAUCGUUUUUGCGAAGCAUUAUAGUAUUUUGUAGUAUUAUAACCAGUUCAUUAACCGACGCAUUUGAUAAAGUUUAUUCAGGAUGUAAAUAUCACAUUUGUCUUAAAUGUACAGUAGAUUUUAUUACCAUCUAGGUACAUGCAGUUGAAUGUAUUAACAUACUUUCUAUAUUUAUAUGUGGCUCAUAAUGCUAAUGGGCUCUGAUACUUAAAAACUGUAGACAUGAGCUCAUAACACUCUGAUCAGUGUUGCGGUACGGCUCUGAAGGAAAUGUAUAGAGGGAGAAUUAUACCUGUGCCAUAUGCAUUAAUUAGCGACCAUAUUAAGUAGAAGAAGAUACUGUAUUGCCCAAUGUGAUAUAUGUGAAAUUGUUAGUAGUAUGUUUUAUUGACUUUUAUUGAUCUUUUCAGUGAUACCAAAAGAUCAGCCAUUUUUGGUAGAUGCAGGUCAUCUUUCAUUUCAGUAAUUGUUGAAUCUUUUAGGUGAAAUCAAGGAGUUGCCACUCACUGUUAUUCCAUACAAUUUCAAAAGUUUAAAGAGAAAAUCUGUGCCUCUAAAUAGUGUUUUUUUUUUAUAUAUAUAAGAACCUUUUCAUGUCUUUAACUUUUUUCCCCAAAUUUCAACAAAAUAUAUCUUGAAUGGACUGACUUUACUAGCCAAAAAGUUUCUUAUAUACUUAUUUUAUUAUACACUAAUAUACUGUCAAAUUUGUGGCGUUUAGCAAAAAAGUGUUCUUUCAGUAGUUUAGGUUAUACUGUUAAAUGUAAUAUAGAUUUUGUUUAAUUAAGUACAAUCAAAAAAAGACAAAAUACUUCUGACAGUGUUAAAUUUUGUAGCGUCUCAGUUAUAAUUUGUGCUCAUGAAAAAAAUGCAGUUUUUCCAAAUAAUGGCUCUGCUGUAUUUUAUUUUACACUGGUUUAGCAUUUCUAUACCUUGAAAUGAAAAAAAAUAAUUGUUAUAUAGAUUAUUAUACUGAUUAUUAACAUCAUUCACAAAGUAAUUUAAUGUUUGAUGUUUUUUGUUUUUAUAAAGCAUUUUUAACUAAUAAAAUGUUGUUUAUUUACUGAAACC